AUGAGUUUAGAUUCUCAAGGCGACAAUUUCGACAGCUUAGGACUAUUUAUUUUUGAUGUUGUUUUGCUUUUCUUGAUUAUUGUAGUAUACUCGGGCUGCGUUUUUUUCUUACUAGUAAGAAGAUAGUAUCAGCCUCUAAAAAAUAGGGGAUCAUUUUUAAUUGUGAUCUCUGUAGUGGGGAAUUUCGCAUUUGUAACCAGUCUACUUGUCAAUAAAUUAGUUUCAAAUGCUUAUAAAGUAGGUUCAUUCUAUGAUUCUUUGGAUUAAUAUGGCUCAAGUGGAAUAUAAGGAUAGGAAUCUGAUCCCUAAACAGUGUCAACUACAAUGAUGAAACCAACGCCUAUGCCUUCAAAUACAGCACUAGGAUUCAGUUGCACAUUAUCUCAUAUUCAAUAUGGAUUUUUUCUACCUAUGUUUAUGCUACCAUAUUUUUUCAGAUGCUUUAGACUACUUUAAGUAUUUAGAGCUCAUAAUAAGCAUUUUGUACUUAAAAAGAAGAAGGGAGUAUUCGCUUUCAAGAGAGUCAAGUCACUGUAUUGUGUGAGAGAAACUAAUCUAAUAAAGUGGAUGAUUAUAGUACUAAUACCAUUCCUUAUACUUACUCUGGUUGCAAUAUUAGAUCUGGACUUUAGAUCAUACUUUCCUUCAUUUGAGGUACUUGAAUGCCUUAGAACCGAUUAAAUGGAACUUACUAGUGAUUUAAAACAAAUCUACAGAAGGCAUCUCUACAUGACAAUCGAGACCUAUCUUAUAGUAAAUUUUAUCUAAGACAUUGCUCUGAUUAUUUGUAUCUAUGCGUUACGACAUGUAUAGGACGAAUUCAGUAUUAAUUCUGAGUUAAAGAUAAUAUCUUUUAUCUGGAUUAUAAGCGGGUUCUUACACUUCUUUUUUAUGAUUUUGUAUCCAGAUUCUACACUUAUUUCCACUAACAGUUUGAACUACUUUAUGAUCCUUAGAGGAAUGCUAAGUCUCCUUGUAACAGCAGUAAUACCCAUCAAAAGGUCAUAUAAUCCUAAUUCAAUCAUUCCAUUCCCAAUCAAUGAAGAAUGUAUAAAAUCUUUAGAAAUGGCAUUAUUGAUGCCAACAAGCGCUAACUACUUCUAUGACUAUCUAGAAAAUAGUUGCGAGAAUAAAGACGCCUUGAUCUAUUUUGGACUCUAUGCAGACAUAAGAACAUACUUAAGACUAAUAGAAGAUGGAGAAAACGAUUACACUCUAAAAAGGCAAGCUGAGUAGAUUUUCCAAGAUUACAUUAAUGAUGGCAGAUAAUGGGAAAUAUAUAUUAAUCCUGAAACUAUGGAAGAACUGUUAACAUAUUAAAGCAAUGGAGGUAUAACUGGACAAAUGGAUGAGCAGUUGUUUUCUAAUUUAUAUGUAUUCACUUUAAAUAUUCUUGAUGGGUACUACAAGGACUUUUAAAAGUCAAAGAGAUUUGAAGAGUUGAAAGACGAAGUUUCAAAGUAAGAGAUCUUAUAUGAAAUCCUUAGAAGAUAUUCCAUGAUAUCAAAUUGA